AAUGCAUUUAAAUAGACUCCACUUUCUGUUCCUGAUUUGGUGCAGCCUAGUGCAUGUACAGUGUUUUAGGCCCUUAAAGCUAAUUGUGAGCAUAGGAGAAAUUUUCUUGGUGGUUUCUUCCACUUUGUUAAGCUAAUGGCGGGUUGCUAUUUCACUUUUCUUUUUUUCUGCUAGUAUCACAGAGCUCUGUAUUGCUCACCAAUAAGACCUCUAUAGUUUUAAGCAAUACCUUUAGUGUGAACUAAUCCUAACCCUCUUCUUUCAAAUAAAUUCAGUCACCUCAGACAGAGCUGCAGAGCACUUAUUUUUUCAGCUUGCCUACCAUUCUGGGCACAAUAUUUGUGCCACUGCACUAGAUCUGGGUAUGAGGAUGGCAGCCUGCUACAAGUGGAGUGAAAUGAGUAGCUUAUGAGUGGUCACAGGGAAGGGGGAUGGUAUCCAUUUGUCUUUGCAAUUGCUGUAUUAGUCUAUUUUCUAUUACUAUAACAAAAUACCCGGGGGCUGGGUACUUUGUAAAGGAAGGAUAUUUAUCUCACAGUAUGGAGGUUCAAGAUCAUAGUGCUAGUAUCUGCUCAGCUCUGAUGAGGGCCUCCUGGCUAUUAUAUCACAACACAGCAGAUUGCAUCAUGGUGGGAAACAUGUGCAAGAGGGUGGAAUCAUAUGGUGACAGGAAGCCAGAGAAACUUCAGGGCCAGGUUAUUUUUAAAAUGAUUCUCAUGUGAACUAACUGGGGUCCUAUGAGAGCUACACUAAUCCUUUCCAAGAGAAGCACCCUCAAUGAGUUAAGCACGUCCUCUAGGCCCCACCUCUUCAAGGUUCCACCAUCUCAACACUGCCUCCCUGGGGACCAUAUGUCAACUACAAGAAUCCAGGCUGGACGUCUGGAGCGCGACCCUAGGCAGCGGUCUCCAUCGAGGACUGCCACCCCAGCAGCGCCUGCCCCUCGGUCCAGACGGAGUGAGGUCGAGGGAAACUCAGGAAGCUACACCCACAUGUCGUGGUCCUACCCCGCCCGCUGCCGCCGCGUGCGCCUGGUGGUAGCCAUCGACAGCCAACCCGGCCGCGAGGGGGCGCCGCAGGGCCCGCGCACCAUGGCGUCCCGGGGCGCCUGCCUGGGCCUGCUGGCCUGGCUCCUGCUCCUGCAGCUGCAGCUCGGCGAGGCCUACGCAUCCGCCGCGCCCCUCACGUCCUCUGGGCCCACGGGCGGCGAGGUUUCGGGAGCGAGCGGUCAGGAGGGGCCUACAGGGGAGUCGGAGGCGCACACAGACGCCGCGUCCAUGCAGACACGCACCCAGGUGGCUCCCACGCACGGCCCGAUCGGGGUGCUGCCGCACCUGCUGGCCUUCUCCUCGGGUGAACACGCCCCAGGUGAGCCGGCUGCGGUGCACUGGGACGCAGUCCUUCUUCCUGCAUAUCCUGGUCUAGUGUGUGGCCGGCCCUUCCUGAAGAUUAUUGGAGGCUUUAACGCCGAGGAGGGGAAGUGGCCCUGGCAGGUGAGCGUGCGCAUCAGGGAGGAGCACGUGUGCGGAGGCUCUCUCAUCACCGCGCAGUGGGUGCUGACCGCCGCGCACUGCAUCAUAAGUCAUUUGCAGUACAGCGUGAAGAUGGGAGAUCGGCAUCUCAGUACACAAAAGACAAGUCUGGUGAUCCCCAUCCGGAACAUCAUUGUCCAUCCUAAGUUCAGAACAGCUGCAACGGUUAUAAAUGACAUUGCCCUUCUUCGCCUCCUCUACCCUGUGAAUUUUACUUCUACUAUCCACCCUAUCUGCGUCCCUUCUGAGCUUUUCCAUGUGCAAACUGGGACCAAGUGCUGGGUGACUGGGUGGGGCAAAACAAAACAAGAAGCGGACAUGAAUUCAACAGAGAUUCUACAGGAAGUGGACCAACAAAUCAUCCUUUACCAAGAAUGUAAUGAGAAGAUACAGACAGCCUUGUCAUCUAAAAGGGAUCUGGUCUUGAAAGGGAUGAUAUGUGGUGAUACCAAAAAAGGAAAGGAUUCUUGUCAGGGAGACUCUGGGGGCCCCAUGAGCUGUGAAUUUAAUGAGACAUGGAUCCAGGUGGGGAUUGUGAGCUGGGGCGUUGCCUGUGGUCACUCAGACUUUCCUGGAGUUUACACUUAUCUCAGCUUCUACAGCAAGUGGGUGGUUGCAACGGUGAACCAGGCUGUUCCUUUGUAUUCGGUGUUGUUCCUCAUUCUACUGGAGUGUCUUACGCUGCCUGUGGGCAUCCUAGUGACUCUGUGAUCACCCUGGCCCAUUCCCCUUCUAUUGCUGGAUCUCCCACUAGGCCUCCAAUCUCCUUUGCCUUUUCAAUGCCCUUUAUUUUAUUUAUUUACUUUUGGUAUCAGGAUUGAACUCAGGGGCACUUGACCACUGAGCCACAUCCCCAGCCCUAUUUUGUAUUUCAUUUAGUCUCACUGAGUUGCUUAGCACCCCACUUUUGCUGAGGCUGGCUUUGAACUGGAGAUCCUCCUACUUUAGCCUCCUGAUUUGCUGGGAUUUCAGGCAUGAGCCACCAUGCCAAGCUCAAUGCCUUUUCUUCAAAUUCUGGUUGGAAUCGAUUGCCCCUGGGGAGCCCCACAGUGGAGCCUGGCAGGGGACUGGGGCCUGCAAGGUGUUCCAGCCUGGUGCUCUGCUCACCUGCCUCAGCCAACCCAUGCCUGACCCAUGUUCUAUCUGCUGGGAAUAUGGAUGAACUGAUUCUAGCUAGAGGGCCAGCAGGCCUGCCAUUCGGAGCGUGGUGACUCAGGGACACCUUGGAGAACAUCUACCAAAGGAGAGAAUUCAUCACCGUGAAGGAAGUGCCGAACCUGGCCCUAGUUUUCAGGGUCUCCCUGAGACUUUGUCAUACCAACCUGCAGAGGCAGUGAAGGAGGCCCUAGCAGGUCCCUGCAGAAGUGUGAGGCCUGGGACUUUAGCAUCUGGCUUGGUGCCUGGAGCUGGCACAGGUUUCCCUGUACCCAGUGUGGCUCUGUGAGUGGGUAGCCUGUGGCACACAGGCCUCAUGGGGCACCCCAGACUGGCACCUCUUCCUCAGGGCCCUAGUGGCUGCAUUGGGGACACUCCAAGUUUUGUUGAGGCAGUUUUGAGUGUGGAGAUUUCAGAUGUGAACUCAAUAAAUGU